GUGCUUUUGCUGCAACAAUAUGAGGAUCAAGUUUAGCAAAACCUUUUUGACAGCCCAGAAUCAUGGAACGAAAAUAACCGCUCUGGCAUGGUCUCCAAAUAAUCUGAAGCUUGCCGCUUGCAGCUCGGAAAGAGUGAUUUUGCUCUUUGACGACAGUGGCGAGAGGAAAGAUAAAUUUGCUACUAAGCCAGCGGAUCCAAAGUCGGGGAAAAAUAGUUAUGCAGUGACCGGCCUCGCGUUUUCCCCAGACUCGACCAAAUUGGCUGUAGCCCAGAGUGACCACAUGGUGUACGUCUACAGAAUAGGCGAAGAAUGGGGUGAGAAGAAAGUGAUUUGCAACAAAUUCAGCCAGAGCAGUGCGGUGACCUCGAUUGUGUGGCUUUCGGAAGGAUUUCUCGUGUGCGCCCUGUACGAUGGCAAGAUCAGGGAGUGCGUCCUGAAGGCCAACAAGGCGCGCACCCUGUACGCCGGGAACUCCAUGGCAGUCGCACUCGCACCAAAUACAAGGGGAACCGGAUUUUUGUCUGGCCACCUGGAUGGAACUAUCGCCCGCUACUACAUGACGGAAGACGCAUACAUGGAGCAACAAGGCCGGAUAGCACAGCACCCUGUUCCUCCCUACGCCCUCGUCUGGCCCAACACUGGACACGUGAUCGCGGCAGGGUGCGACAAACGGGUGGUCGUCUACGAGAGGGACGGCCAAGUGGCGCAGUCUUUCGACUUUUCACGGGAUCCGCACGAGAGGGAAUUCACGGUGGCCUGCAACGCACCCAGUGGACAAGCGGCCGCUUUCGGCAGUUACGACAAAAUUCAAGUUCUCUUCUGGGACCUGCGGAAAAACGAGUGGGCCUACGAGACGAAGGAGAUCAAAAACCUGUACUCGGUCAGUGCGAUAACCUGGCGGAGAGACGGGUCAAAGGUCGCUUGCACCGGCCUCUGCGGCUCUAUCGAGGUUUUUGAAUCGGUUCUCAAACGUACCGUUUGGAAAAACAAGUUUGAAAUGAUCUACGUAGCGCCGAGCCAGGUGCUGGUGCGGCCUCUGCAGGGUGAGCAGCAGCGCGGCGUCAUUUUGCGGUCCAAGCUUGGCCACGAAAUCUCGGAAGUUCGGAUUGCGGGGGUGAACGACCAGUUCCUGAUCGCUCGCACCUCGCACUCGAUCCUGCUGGGCGACAUGGCGCGGAACCUGCUGAGCGAAGUGCCAUGGGUGUCUCCGCACGGCAGCGAGAAGUUCUCCUUCGACAAUCCGACCGUGUGUCUCAUCUUCCACGCCGGGGAACUCAGCCUGGUCGAGUACGGCAACAACAGCAUCUUGGCCUCGGUGCGCACCGAGUUCAUGAAUCCGCACCUCAUCAGCGUGCGCAUCAACGAGAGGCAAAUGCGCGAGGAGGACAACAAGAAGAUGGCCUAUUUGCUCGACUUGAAAACCAUCAGCAUCAUUGAUUUGAUAAGUGGUUCGGUGAUGGGUCAAAUGUCGCACGACGCGCGAAUAAACUGGCUGGAGUUGAGCGAGCCGGCCGACAAACUGCUCUUCCGCGACUCGAAACUGCGUCUGUGGCUGCUGCCCGUGAGCAACCUGCACCCCCGGGCGUGGCACAAAACGCCCCUGCUGGCCAACUGCUCGUUCGUGCAGUGGGUGAGCGGCAGCGACGUGGUGGUCGCGCAGUCCGGCCCUGUCCUCUGCGUCUGGUACAACCUGGACUCGACCGAAGGCGCCACGCAGGUUCCGAUCAAGGGCGAUGUGGUCGAGGUUGUCAGGGAUGAGGGAAAGACUGAGGUCAUUGUUGAAGAAGCACGUGGGCAGAAAGUAGCUUAUUCCUUGGACGAGGGAAUGGUCGAGUUUGGAACAGCCCUUCAGGACGGAAACUUUGAGAGAGCUUUAAAAUAUCUGGAGACCUUGCCGGCUAAUGAUGACACUCAGGAGACAAUGUGGAGGUCCUUGGCCACAACAACCUUGGAGGCGCAGCAGCUAAAAAUCGCACACAAGUGCUACGAACGUUUAGGAAAUAAGGCACGAAGCACGUACCUGGCGAAAACGAUUAAGAUCGCAGAGGAAUUUGCUGAGAAAUUUGGAGGCGACGGAAUGAACUGUCCAGAGGUGCAAGCACGGCUGCUGAUGCUUGACAAGCAAUUUCGGGCUGCUGAAGAGGUGUACCUUCAGUCAGGGGACGUGAGCUCGGCUGUGAAAAUGUACGAGCAGUUCUGCAUGUUUGAAGAAGCUCUGGAUGUGGCUGAAAGGUACGGCAGUCCUGAGCAAGGCGCCCUGAGGCAGAAACUGGAAAAGUGGUACGCAGAAACGAUGCAGGAAGACAAAGCUGGCGAGAGGAAGGAGCAGGAGGGACUUUACCUUGAGGCCAUUGAGCUCUACCUUAAAUCUGAAAUGCCGAAAAAGGCGCUCAGGACGUUGCUGAAGGAAACGUCACUGCUUCAGGACGACAUCCUGGUGGGCAAAGUGGCGAACGCCCUGGGGAAAUCAAGCCAGAUGGAGCUGGCGGGCGACCUGUGGAGCCGAGUGUCCCGGCAGGACAAGGCGCUGGAGUGCUUCAAGCUGGGAGGCGCCUUCUCGAAGGCGGUGCAGAUCUGCCGGGAAAUGCGGCCGGCGGACGUGGUCAAGCUGGAGGGCGAGUGGGCCGACUACCUCAUGGGCCAGCGUCAGUUCGACGCGGCCAUCAGCCACUACAUCGAGGCCGGACACACGGCCAAGGCGCUCGAGGCCGCCGUCAAAGCUGGACAGUGGAAGAAGGCCAAGCAGAUUAUCGAGGUUAUCGACGACAAGAAAACAGUCAAAAAAUAUUUCGGCGUUCUCGGAAAGCAUUUCGCCAAUGAAAAAGACUAUCGCAGUGCAGAAAAUAUGUUUUUGGAAGGCGGUGCAGUAAGCGAUGCCGUGGAAAUGUACUCAAACGCAGGGCAAUGGGAAAAAGCGUGGAAGGUGGCGGCCAAGCACAUGAGCAAUGAGGAGGCAACAAAGAUUUUGAACAUUCCCGUGGAGAAAAUGAUAUCCAGUGGGAAAUUCAGGGAUGCGGAGAAACUGUUACUCGUCAUGGGCCAGGCCGGCAGAGCUGUCGAAAUGUAUCGCGAGCAAAAGCGAUAUGACGAGAUGUGUCGAGUGGCGAGCACUCACCUUUCCGUGGAAGAGUGCAAGCAACUGCAGCAGGUGGUGGCGUCAGAGCUGCAAGCGAGCAAGGCCUGGCGCGCGUCCGAGAAGCUGCUCUGCACGGCUGGCGACUGGAAAGCGGCCGUGGCCAUGUACAGGGCGCAGAACAUGUGGGAGGACGCGCUCAGGGUGGCCAAGAGCCAGGGCGGCACUUCUGCCUGGCGCAACAUCGCCUUCCUCUGGGCCAUGGAGCUCGGAGGGCAGGCCGCAGUCAGGCUGCUCGAUAGACUCGCGCUGCUCGACUUCGCCAUUGAACACGCCUGCGACAAUUACCAGUUUGACUUUGCCUUCGAUUUGAGUCGGCAAGCACAGCCGUCGAAAAUGAGCGAAAUCCACUACAAGUAUGCACUCGCUCUGGAAGAUGACGGCAAAUUUCAAGACGCCGAGGAACAUUUUAUCAAGUCUGGGAAACCUAAAGAAGCGAUUCACAUGUAUGUCCACGGACAAAACUUCGACAAAGCUCUUAAGAUCGCCGAGGAGCACUCUCCGGAAGAUGUUAAUGACGUUCUGGAGGCCCAAGCGAAAAUCGCGCUGGCCAAUAGCGAUAUGCCCACUUUUGAAGCACUCAUGAUCAGAGCCCAGCGCGCUGAAUUCGUAAUUCAGCAAUAUAAAGAAAACGGCAACUGGAUGGACGCGUUGCGCGUUUGCCGGGAGCACCUGCCAACGAAGCUGGCCACCUUGGAGGCGCAGUACAAGCGUGAAACGGGCCAGAGAGGCCGCGGAGGCGGUGGUGGCGAGGGGGCCUCCGUGCUGGUCGAGGCCCGGAAGCUGGAGGAGGCUGGCCACCAGCAGAAGGCCAUCGACCACCUGCUGCGGGUGUCGCCCAAGAACUGCGGAGAUGCGAGCAUCAUCGCAAAGGCGUGGAUCAGGGCCAUUGAACUGGUCAUCAAAUACGCAGGAGAAGACGAGGCAAAGAAACUUGCUAAAAAUUAUGGUUCGCAGUUAGUUCGCAUGGAUCAGCACGCGGCAGCUGCCCAGAUGCUUCUGAGCACUGACCUGGUGCAAGAAGCUGUCGAGGUGCUGAUGGCCGCCGGGGAGUGGAACAAGGCCAGGAAAAUCGCACAGCAGCUCGAGCCAGCGUUGGAGCAAUACGUGGAAAAAGGCUACGAAUCGUGGCUGAAGUCGCAGGGCCGAACGGAGCAGUUGGCCGACAUGGACGUGGCGGAGGCGAUCGAGGUGCUGGCGCAGCAGGAGCAGUGGACCAAGUGCAAGCAGGUGGCCCAGGAGAACGGCGGCCUCAGCACCUACCUGGUGCUGCACGCGACGCACCUCCUCAAGAACCACAAGCCGUUGGAGGCCCUCCAGGUCUACGCGGACAACCAGCCCAUCCCGACCCUGGACUCUGGCACUCUGAGUACUGUCCGCAUGAUUGCCCUCGCAGUCCUGGGGUGGCCCAACCUGACAGGCAGUGACAGCUACCAGUAUUGGUCGGCUUUGCGGGAUAUCCUUCUCCAAAUGAGUGAAGAUUUCCAAUCGACUCCGAAGUAUGCUGAGAUCAGGACGCUGUUGACCCUUGCCCACUUUUACGCGAUCCGAUCUGCAUGUCGCGAAGCGGCCGGACUCGAGUCGCUGGCGGCCAAGCUGUCCAUUGCGCUGCUUCGCUUCACCGACGUCAUUCCGUCCGACAAGGCCUACUUUGAAGCCGGCAUGGACGCCAAGGCCCUUGGCUGGGACAGUGAAGCUUUUGUCUUCCUGAACCGGCUGCUGGACGUGUGCGAGGCCAUCGAGGAAGUGGAGUCUGGGGGCGCCGCCACCCUGCUCGACUCGACUGACCUGCAAUGCACCGACUUUCCGGUCGACGCCCCUCUCCCUCGGAAAAUGACCAUUUCGCAGCAGGAGCUGGAGGAAGCCAGGGAGUGGCUGCUCGCCGUGUCCAUGGACCAGAAAAUCGAUCAGAAUCUGCCGCUGGACUACCGAGGAGUGUACGCGGCGUGCCUUCAGGCGAACGAAGCGGAGCCGUCGGUGGAGAUGUGCAUUCUGUCUGGCUGGCCGGUGCUGGACGAAAGCGUGCAACUCGGCAGCAACGUGGCCAUCAAGCACGAGUGGAACAAUUUCCUGCUCGCCUCGCGCACGCACCACGCUACCUCCUUGAACGACGUCUUCAAGUUUUUGGCCAAGUGGUGCGGACACAUGCCUGACGGCUUCCAGUUUGGAUUGAAAUAAAAUAUAAU